UACUCGAAUCACAUUCGCAAUAAACACUUUGACUAGUUAAAACGUUCUUUGUCAGCAUUUUGUAUUGUACCAUUUGAGUGUUCGUCUUUUUUAUCAUUCGAUAUAAGUUUAAUACUACAAGUUCGAAAAAAGUAAAUUUGAUUUUUGGUGGCAAAAUAGAAGUUUUUAACGUUUUUAAUUGUUAAAGUCACUACCAAUCAAAUACCAAUCAUUUUUCUCAUAUAAUUUUCCUCCGCAAAAAAAAAACAUGAAUAAAAUGUCGCUGUACAGACGGCUACAUACACCGAACUCACCGUUGGUACCGUUAUCACCGAUGAUGCCGAUGCCAUCGCCAAGCAUGUAUCUAACGCCAUAUACAACAUCGAUUCGAAGUCGUCGUUCGUUCACACCAACGCAAUUGAAUAUGUUGUCACCGCCAAGUGUAUCACCAAUUCGGGCUGCAUUGUCAGUAAAAAAUACGAAUUUUGAUCAAAAUGAAGGGAACACAACACCCCAACAGAAAUUGAAUUGCAGUUUGGUUUUUUCGUCAACAAAAAAAUCGAUGAAAAAAAUUCGAUCAGCAGCUAGAAUAAGCCGCAAAAUCGAAGCACGAAAUAAUCGUUCUAAGGUACCGUUAACGCCGAUUUGUCGUUCGUUGCAUUUCGAAGGAAGUCCAUCGUUUGAGGGGCAUGAUUCACCAAAGGCGUCCGGAUCACAAUUAAAGGUUAUACCAUAUUUUGAACAAAGUACAACACCAAAACCAUUCCUCACAUCGUCUGACCUGAUAGCAGUCACACAAGAAAUUACAUCACCAUUUGUGUAUAAUGAACAUGGUAUCACACACAGUUUACUUGAAGAAACGUUCACCGUUACAAGCAUUCUUAAGGAAAUCAAUAUGCAAAAAUAUGCCGUACUAUUUGCCAAAGAAGAAAUUGAUUUGUUUGUGUUUUUACUAUUGACGUCAGAUGAUAUGGUUGUUCUUGGCAUCGACCCAGACGAUCGAGAUAUACUCUUGAACGCCGUUUGCUGUUACAGGGAAUUCUUUGGCAAUCCAGAGAAAAUGUACUUUUAGUCUCCAAGGUGAUCAAAUGAAUUUUGAAGGACAUUUUCUUUGAAAUGCGUUGACGCAAUAUUUCGUUAAACGAUUACAUCAAAUUUGUGAUUUUUUAUUAUUUAAUUCGAUUUGUUUGCUUUAUACUGAUCUCGUUGUUAAUACGAUUGUCAUUUAAGAAUUUUAUUGCUAAAAAUUGUGUUCAUUGUAAUACAAAAAUACAACGAUACAGUUUCGGUUAUAGCAAUAAAAUUUAAAAAUUGCACAUAACACCUAAAUAUUAAAUAAUAAAUUUGUCCGCGAUAA